AUGGAUCCGCCUGAACUGCGACCGCCCGGCGCCCAGAGCUUCGACAGUUCGGCCACAGAGAGCUCGCUGGGGACAUCCCAGGCGGCCCACACCCGGGCCGCCCACGUGACGCGCCAGAUAACCCACGUGACGCGCCAGGCGGCCUACGGCCUCGGCUGCCGCUGGCGCGGCUACCCGCCUCGACGGCUGACUAUCCUGCAGACGGGAGCCGGCCUCGGCGCGCAGAUCCCAGAGACGCAGCUGGAGGGCGCGCGGCUCGACCACGUCUUCUGCAUGACCUGGCCCGAGGUCACGCUCUCGGUGGCCAACAUCGAGCGCUUCUCCAACCUCGUGUUCCAGCUGGAGUACCGCAAGGCAGCAUCGUGGGCAUGGCUGCCGCCCUCGGACGGGGCGCCGCUGGAGCUGACCGACGCCCCCCUGUUCCUGUACCUGGGCUCGCCGCUGGCGCGCAGUGUGCGCGACCUGGAGCGGAUGGCACUGAAGAUCUCGGACAUCCCGAGCAGCAGCUGGAGAAAGACGACCUCGGAGCUGGCCGGCACAGCGACCGCGCUGCAGAAGGAGAUGCGACGCACGGACGAGCUGCUGCACUCCAUGAUCCCUCCGCUGGUGGCCGUCAAGCUGAAGCGCAACGAGCCCGUGCAGGAGACGUUCGAUGAGGUUACGAUCCUCUUCAGCGACAUCGUGACCUUCACCCAGAUUGCGGCCAGCUGCACACCUGUCCAAGUGGUCCAGCUGCUCAACCAGCUGUACACCUACUUCGAUCAGCUGACUGAGCACAACAACGUGUAUAAGGUGGAGACCAUUGGUGACGCGUACAUGGUGGUGGGAGGCUGUCCAGAGGUGAACUCCGAGCACGCCGCCCUGGUGGCCACGCAGGCGCACCAGAUGAUCCGUGGCGCAGGUCAUGUGCUAGUCCCCACCACGGACAAGCAGGUGCAGAUCCGGGUGGGCAUGCACACGGGCCCGGUGGUGGCCGGUAUCGUGGGCGUCAAGAUGCCGCGCUACUGUCUCUUCGGCGACACGGUCAACACCGCCUCCCGCAUGGAGUCGCACGGCCUGUCCGGUCACGUCCACAUCAGCCACUGCACCUACACGUGUCUGCGGUCCAACCCGCGCUUUUUCUUCGAGCGGCGCGGCCAGAUCCCGGUGAAGGGGAAGGGCAUGAUGUCCACCUACUUCGUGCACGAGGUGCAGCCGAGCGAGCCGGUGGAGCUGGCCCCGGUGGCACCCGCCUACAUCCAGUACAAGUCGAAAUCGCGGCCUCUGGUUAUAGUGCCGCACCGGCGCCACCCCCUCAGCGGCGUCUGUCUGCUGAUGUGA